AGGCAAUAUGCAUCAUUUUGUGUCGUCUCAUAAUUGCAUUUGUUUCCUAAAUUUGGGCAAUUUCCCUGAUUAAAUUAAUUCUGUUUUUAUUUUGUUUAAACUUCUUCAGGUGAAGUUGAAACUAUGAUAGACAAUCUUCGUUCACAGCGCGAGACCGGAAAAUUUUGUGAUAUUGUUCUACAUGUUGGAGGAAAAAGAUUUCCAGCUCAUCGAUCUGUUUUGGCUGCUUCCAGUCCUUAUUUUGAGUCUAUAUUAAGACAUGAUAAAGUAGCUCGAGAAGAAAUUACAAUUGGAUGGGAAGAUGUUGAAAGUUUUCAACUUCUUCUCGAUUAUAUGUACUCUGGUAAUGUGACCAUCGAUGAAAAUAAUGUCAAUGGUUUGCUCCGGUUAUCUACUCAUUUUCUUAUCUCCAAAUUACAAGGAUACUGUCAACAGUAUUUAGAACAGACUGAGUUUAACUUUGAAAAUGACAAUGAUAAUGAAAAUGGAGAUAGUAAUAUGGAUGGUGUUACUAUUAAAGAGGAGCAAUCACAAACAGAUGAGGUUACCGGUGAAGAAAAUGAUGAAGAUGAUGGGGGACAUUCAGCAAAUAAAAGCAAAAGGAGGAAAGUUAAGCGCAAAUAUACGUCCGAAGAAUGGAUCACUGAUGAAAUAUCUGUUUCUAAACGUCUUUCUCCGGAGCAAACAGGUGAAUCUCGAAGAGCGGUAGCGUCAAUUCAAUCAGGGGAUGAAUCACUUGCUCUCGAUGAUUCAAGUCAAGAGCAAAGACAGUGGAAAGAGGGUAUCAAGUGUCCACACUGUAUUUAUGUUGGUAACAGUGCAACUAGGCUUGAACAACACUUGUCUAGAGUUCAUGAGGAAGAUACAACAUAUAAAUGUCGCUUGUGUGAUUUUACAUGUAACUGGAAUCGAGAAUAUUACCGUCAUAUGAAGUGUCACUAUCGAGGUCCACCAUUCAAAUGUGAAGACUGUGAAUACACAUGUGAUCGUAUCCAAUUUAUUUUGUCUCAUGUUAUGAGACAUACCGAUGAAAGGCCUUUCCAAUGUAAAAUGUGUCCCUUCAAAUCACGAACCAAAGGAAACUUGGAGGUGCAUAUGAGGAUUCACACUGGAGAAAAACCUUACAAAUGUCAAUUCUGCGAUCGUGGUUUUGCUAUGAAAAACACUUUAGAUCAACACUUGGCUACUCAUCGAGAUGAUCGUCCUUUCCUAUGUGAUACUUGUGGUUUCACUACGAAAUACCAAUCACAUCUGCUAUCGCACAAGAGAAUCCACACAGGGAAUGUUUUCCACUGUACCCAUGAAGGAUGCAAUUAUUUUUCACCACGACGAUCACAACUUGCAGCUCAUGAGAGAAGUCACUCUUCAAUUCGAUCACAUAUUUGUGUAACAUGUGGACGUGGUUUCAUCGAAAAGAGUCAUCUCAUUCGCCAUGAAAGAAUACAUCUUGAAGACAAACCAUUCAAAUGUGAUGUUUGUGAUUAUGAAAGUACUCGAAGAGAUAAAUUGAAAGAACAUGUUCUAAAGCAUCAUUCGGGUGAUGCAAAAACUCCCGCUUCUUACAAACCAAGAAAAACUCGACGACAAAGUCAGGUUACAGUUGUUGAAGAGAGCUCAAUUCCUGAGUUAUCUGACAGUCAGCUAAUUGUUACAACACCAGGAGAAGUUCAAAUUGCUGCUUCGGAACAAGAAGUGGCUACAGCAAAUCUCAUUUAUGAAUAUCAAUCAGACGGUGGGACACCCAUUAAAACGCUUGUUAUCCAAAACAUGGAAAACGAAGGAGAAUCUUGUUUCUUACAACUAGCUCCAUCUUCCUAAUCUCAUUAUAGUCUAAACUUUGUUAAUCAUUUAACCUCUCUAAACAUCUAUGACUAUGUCAAAAUUGUAAUCAUGAACUAAAGUAAUCAUUUUAAAUCUUCCGAAUAACUAUUAAUAGUUACUGUAUAUUUGUCAAGUACAUCA